GGGGAUAUGGAUGUGACGACAAUUGAAGCCGAUUCAUCCAUUCUGUUAAUUUUGUUUUGACAGUUUUUAAUGCGAUACACACACACCUUACAUGUAAACAUCAUUUAUUUGAAAACUAAUCAAACGUAGACCAAGAGAAUAGUGUGUUGGGGAUUAGGGGAGACCGUUUAGAGGCACAUUGCCGUUCAUGUUCUGAGGGCCCACGCCCACCAGCCAUGCCUGGGUAAACAUUACCUUUAUGGUCCACUUGCUGGCACGAAGUUCUGGUUACAUCCAAGCCACCCAACACACACGUUUAGUAAGUUGUGCAUGCGGUUUUAGGCUUUUGAAUGGCCCAUGAUGUUUCAGGUUUCACUUUUACAUUUUUGCGUAGACAUCAAUAAAUAUUCAACUUGAGAUGGUUUGAGCUGAAGUACAGUUGAAGGAAAAUGAAAUUCUGGCGCUGCCGUCGUUUGUUAUUGCGGUGCUCGUUUGAUUUCAAAUGUAUCUCGAGAGCAUUCCUUCCUGCUUUGGUCGGCCUCUGCCUUGGAAUGACCGUCAGCAUGAUGUAUGCGCCAUUUAGCGAAGACAGCUGUGAGACCUUCAUCGCUAAGCAAGACCCACAGAAGAUGAUCAAACUCAGGGACACCAAAUCCUUUGACGCCCAAAACGACGAGUCGUACGAGCCCCGAGUGCUGGAGCCCCCGAUGGACGAGUCGAAAUAUAAAGUCGACACCAAGGCGGGGGCGAAAUUUUUCAGGCCCAAAUUCGCUGCCACGGAGCUUGGAAUCCGGGAAAAGCUGUUCGUGGCGGUGCUGUCAUCGAAGGACACCUUAAACACCCUGGCCGUGGCGGUCAACAGGACUGUCAGCCAGUACGUCACCAAGACGGUCUACUUCAUCGACAAGAAAGCCGCCGUGGUGCCGGGAGGAAUGGUCAUCGUCAACUUUGACGACGGCUACAACCACCUGAUGCCAACUAACGUCUUUAAGUUCGUCAUCAAAAAGUACGGGCAGGACUAUGACUACUUCAUGUUCCUCUCGGAUAAAGGUUACGUCCGAGCGGAGAAAGUGUUUGAUCUGGUCAGUCACAUUAGUGUCAGCAAACAUGUUCAUCUCGGCACACCUAAAGGUGUGGAAGGUGGGAAAACUUAUUGUUCCUUAGAGGGCGGAGUUAUCAUAUCACAGUCUUUACUUUCUUUAGUCAAUAGCAGUUUAAAAUGGUGUUCAGAAAAUUGUCACAGCUUAGACUCCAGUGUGAAUUUUGGCAAAUGUUUACUUCAUGCUACUGACCUGGAGUGCCAUUCCACUGUUGCAAACAAAGUGUACACAGCCUAUCCAGUAAAGAAUUUAAACUUUAACAAGGAUAUAGAAGCUUUGAGGGAGCAAGCUAACUUUAACAAAUCUCUAUCAGUGUUUCCAAUGCCAGAUGAGAUUACACAUUACAAAAUGCACAGAUAUUUUUGUGAAGUUGAAUUGAAUUCAACCCGACAUCAGAUACAAGAAAUGAAAGAUAAUAUUUUAUACAUGAGCCAGUUUGCUCCUGGUGGACGAGACAGUAUAUCAUGGCCUAUAGGAGUGCCUGAACCUUAUAAACCCAAAAAUAGAUUUGAUGUCAUAAGAUGGGACUACUUUACAGAGACACACAUUUUCUUUCAGGAUGAUUUCACUAAUGUUAAAGAAUUGAUUGGUAUUGACAAGUUAGAUAUUCAAGAUAUCAUUAAAAUAUCCAUGGAGAAACUUAAUGAGCAGCACAACAACAAAUAUUUGUACUCUUAUCUCAUCAAUGGCUACAGAAGAUUUGAUCCACAGAGGGGGAUGGAGUAUUUACUGGACUUAGCUUUAGAGGACACGUCCAUUCCCCCAGAAGAAAAUAACAAAAAUAACUACAACAAAAGGAUCAUAGAGAAACGUGUUUUUCUUGUGAGGCCUCUUGGAGAGGUGGAGGUUGUUCCUAUGCCAUAUGUUACAGAGUCUACAAGGCUGAAUAUUAUUUUAUCAAUUACUCCCAAUGAAAUGGAUGGAUGGGGAGUAUUUCUAGAAACAUAUGCUCGAUUACAGGCUGAGUCGGCAGACAGUUUAGCUCUCAUCAUAGUUUUUGUGUACCCACAAGUUCCUAAGACUGGUGAAGAGGAUGUUUUCUCAGUCUUGAAGUCAAUGGUAACUUAUUAUGAUGAUAAAAGUGAAGAUGGUGUGAAGACCAGAAUGAUUAACUUUGCUAACAAUGGAACUUAUGUCCCAGAAUUCAAAAUCAUUGACACGGUAAGUGACUUGCUUGACCCUGAUGCCCUAAUUCUGACUUGUACAGUAGGCAUGUUGCUAAAUGCUGAAAUGCUAAAUCGAGUUCGUAUCAACACCAUUCCAGGCUGGCAAGUAUUUUUUCCAAUCGGUUUCUGGCAAUACAAGCCAAAUAUUAUCUACGACAAAAAGCCAUAUCCCACAGAUAUUGAAUUCAGUAGUAGAACUGGACAUUAUGAUGUUUUGUCCUAUGAGCAUGGAAGUUUCUACAAUUCUGAUUACAAAGAUUCCAGGAAGUCAUUUUCUAUUGAGGAAUUAAUGAAAUAUGAUUUGUAUGAGAUGUUUGUCAGAUAUGGCAAGGUUCAUGUCUUUAGAGCAGUUGAACCAGAAUUUAAACAUUAUUACAUGCAGUUAGAUUGUCCAGUUAACAUUCCAUCUAAACUUUAUGAGAGAUGUCUAGAAAGAAAAUCAAUGAACUUAGCAACCCGAGCACAAUUAGCCAAAAGGAUUUUCCAAUAUCAAGCUAAAAGAGAAAUGCAACAUUCAACACAAAAUGAAAAUAAAGAAUAAUCAUUCUUUUUGUUUAUUGAUAGAACCAGGUUAUUUAUAAACACAUGCCAUAGUCUCAUUUUGUUUUGUAUUAAAUAUAUUCCAUUAGAUAACCAUACUUUUAUGAUUAACAACUAAGUGAUAAAUGCUAUAUCUGGUAAAGAUUAACUUUUUUUACUUGAAUCAUGACUGAAAUGCUUUAUAUUAUCCACUGCACAAUAAUAAUAUAUGUAUAUCUAAAUAGGUUUUAAUGUUUCAGUUAAUCAGACAUAAAGAACAUCAUUGAUACUUUAAAAGAAAAAUACAAUUUAUAGCCUAAACAAAACCCUAUUUUAGUAUGGUUUAAGAAAUGACCUCUUUCUCUUUAAGGUGGAAAGUUGCUUUCAUGCAUUUCUGUUGUCAUAAUUGAUAGCUAUGAUGUGACAAAAAAAAAAGUAACCCACUGCUCUUACUUUAAUUAUUGCAUUAUUUGUCAUGGUUUUUUAAAUAUACUUCUGUAAAAAUAAAGUGUAAUGCUAGACCAGAUUAAAUCUCAAAUAUUUGUAUGAUUCUUCUUAUAUGUGAACCAGAAAUGAUUGAAAAUGACAAUAUCACAUAAUAUUUAUGUGGGCACAUAAAAAGAGGCAUAACUGUAUCACAUAACCAUAAUGAAUGUUUUUGACACAUUUUUAUGUCAUGUUGUGGUUUUCAUUGAAAUAAUUAUUUAAAGAAAAAAAAAAGAAAUAUAUAUUUAUGAAUAAGCCAAACAAAAACUGCUGAUAUCUGUGAUGUAUAAUGAUCCAUUUGUUUUAAACAUAAUGACACACAUUAGUCUUAAAGAAUGAAUCUGACAACAUAGUGAAGUCUUUACAGAGUCUUGAGUUUUAGCCCAGGAUCUUUAAGCUUCAGACGUCUGGGAAGGCUUUAUUUCACAGAGAUCAAAGGUCAGAAUUAUCUACUAUUAUUGAGACUUUUCUGGAUAGAGUUAGUUAGUGUUAUCCCACAUCCAAUUGGCUUUUGAUAAAGUAAAGCAGUGCCCCACACUUUAUGGAUUGCCAACUCCAUGUUGGACUACCCACAUUUAGCUGUCAAGAUAGGGAGACUACAUUUUAUGAGAAAUCGUACAAGAGAUUUAGCACAAUGCCAUAAAACUGUGGUAACCUGCUGGGACAUCAGUAUUGAUUAGGUUGUAUAUUUUUAUUAUUUUUAUACAAUAGAGCAUCUAUAGUAUAAAAAGUCUGUGAACUUAAAUAAAACCACAUUAUGUUACAGCUAAAAAUUUAAAUAUAUUUGACUCACCCAUGAAGUUGUAUUUAUUGUUUAGCAAUUUAUUUUGUCCUUUUGAACUUUUUAAUUAUUGUAAAAUUAUUUUUGAUCUUGAUUUUGUUUUGCUAAAUGCUAUUGUUGUCAUUGCCAAAUCAAAUUUUGUCCUAUUAUCUGUUAUACUUUUAUCACCACCUUAAAUUUGAAAGUACCAUAUAUAUAAUGCUCAUUUUUAUUUCUAAUAUCUAAAAUCUCUUUUUGCUGUAGAGUAACUAUAGAGGCAGUGUUGCAAUUAUUUUGUAUGUUUAUGUUAUCUUACAACAAACUAUUAGCCUAUGCCAAGACUGUUUAGAUGACUUUAAAGAAACAUUUGCAAGUACUUAAAUCACAUUAUAUUAAACACACCAACAUGUUUUGGAUAUGCAUCAUGAUGUUAGAACCAAGUUUUACACAUUUUAAUAGACAAUUCUGCCAGAUGAACAAAAGUUUUAACAAUCAGAUAUAGUUUGAUAAUUCUUAGAGGGAUGAUAACCGUUGUGGAUAUUAUUUUUGGUUUGAAGGAUGCCUAAUAAGAAGUGGUGUCAUAUUUUACUUGAAUUUGUUUAUUACUUGAUCUGUAGGAUGUUCACAACUGAAAAUUGUAAAUUUAGAUUAGUUAUCCUUUUUACAAGGGUAGCCAGUAAAGAUUAAAACUUAUCACUAUUGUAUACCAUAUAAUAAAAUCAAUGGUUAAAUGAUUUUUUUAGUUAAUAAAUGUAUACAAUCAUUGGUUUUGUGAUGUAUGGCAGAUUUUAGCAAGAUGUUUGAUAAAUCAUAGAUUUUAAAUUUUCAUUAUAGUUCUCCGUGGUGGAGGUUGUCCAGGCCUGAGCAAGCUAUUAUAGCACAGUGCAGGACAGGCCACUGUCCUGUUGGCUCAUAUUUCUCACGGCUAUGGCCAAAUUUCGAUUAACGGUGCCCCCGCUGCGGGGAAGAAAAGGAAACCGUGCUUCAUAUUCUGUUUGACUGCCCCAGACUUGCUGAUCUCCGUCUCGACAGGUCUGGGAAACUAAAAAUUCUCGACCUGUAUGGUGACAUAUAUGCACUACGCAAGACAGCAGGGUUUCUGUCCAGGGCUUUUGCAAGAGAGGAUUUAAGCCUCUCAAGCCCUCACUCACAUGGAGUUUCAUGAUGAUGAUGAUUAUAGUUGAAACUUGGUCUCUAGUAACUCUAGGGCUCUAAAAUUCCUCUCCCAGUGGUGUAGUUACGGAUUUGGGGGCCCCUACAUUUUGACAUUCGACAUCAUGACAUGAGAUAAUAUACUUAAUAAAUUAACAACAAAAAAAUAGUAUUGUUCAUUGACGAAAUAAUUCACAAGUGACAAAUCUCAAUUCAUAUGGCCUCACAUCAUGCUUUCUGUGCAGCAAAGGUCAUCUAUAACAUUUAGAUCAAUGCUGUCUACUAUUUUUGAGAAAUCCACGCUGCUAAGUCUUUCUUGCGUCAUUUCGCUGCUGAGAUAGUUUUUGAAAACUUCAGUUUUGAGAAUGAACUCUCCCAUGAUGCAAUGAAAGUGGCAUGAGUUAGCAUUAUUCAGAUGGAAGUUGCAAGGUUUGAGCACGCAUCAUUAUCAAAUGAGGCCAGCUUCCUAAAUAUUUCAAUUGGUGGUACUAGUUUGUUGAAGAAAAGUGCUGGUGCAUCGAAGACAUCAUUGAAUAAGCGAUUUACCUGUAUUUCAUCCUACAAACAAGAAACAUUUUUCAGACACCAUUUGGGGGCCCCCCCUCAAGUAGGGGCUUGGACCUCCCUCUCCUAGCUACGCCACUGUUCUCUCAAUGGGCUUGUAUGAACAAUUAUUCUGUCUGAAAAAGUUCCAUUCAUUACAGCUUUUUUUUCCAAAGGACCAUAUCCUAAGACACUCAGGCUAGAGACAAGACAUGAAACGGUUUUUCAGAAACAGUGUGUAGGUUAUUGCAGGGUUGUUGGGGGUUCUCUUUCUGCAAGGGUAAAGACUAUAAUGAAUUUGAAUAAAUACAAACAUAAAUAGCUACUGGUAAUCAAAAUGUUUCAAUCAGUUGGUGCCUUAUCUUUUAUUAUUACUGAUAUUAUACUUACAAUGAUUUUAUAACCAUUAUUAUAGCUAGCUUUUAAUCUUGUUUCUAUCUUAUGUACCCUCGUAUUUAUAUAUUUCAUUUAUGUUAAAAAAAAAUGAAAUUAUUAUUUUUGUAUCAUUGGCCUAACAAAUGAGAAUGUACACAUUUUUAGUUUCAGUUUUAAGUAGCUUUUGCUUUAAUUUUUCAAAUGAUUACUUUAAAUUACAUCUGUUUUGAUCACAUUGUACAAAAAUUAUCUCUCUUUCUGAACAAAUCUUAUUGUAUUUUAAAAAAAAUAGUUUUUAUUGUUAAUAAUGUCAACUUGUGAUAUGUGAUGAUGAAUUAUUUGUAUUAUUGUAGCAUAGAAUUACUUUUGAUUAUUUUGUAUACAUUUCAAUACUUUUUUUUUAAGCAUUGCCUAUAACUUAUUUAGAUAAAAGUAAGACUUAAAAGUGAGAUGCUACAAAAAAGUUUCGAAACAACUAAAGUAUCUUUUUUUUUUUUCAAAUCCAUUGAUAUUGAUGUUAAAUAAAUUCUUACUUUUUAAGAAUGUUUUAAUUGUUUUUUCAAAAUAAAAAAAAAAUCAUGGCAAUUAAUCAUAAGUGUCAGGUAUACAUUUUCUAAAAAAUACUCUCUCUCUUUGUGUAAAGUUUCAGAAAAGAAAAAGAAAAGGCUUGAACAGAUAUUAAACAGUUAUUGAAAGAUUUUUAUAAGUAUUUAGUGUUUAUUAAUUAAUAGUAUACUGAUACUACUUAACACUGUGUUGUUAGAAAAUAUCAAUUUGUUGUAUUAAAUUGCAUUUUGUAGAAUUCAGUAAUGAAGUAUGAAAUUGUUUUAUAUAAAUUUUAAAUGUUAUAAUAAAAAUUCUAUUCUUUAUUAACCAAAGAAAUCCAAACUUAGAAAUAGUAUGAUACUAUAAAACUAAAUGUAAUGAUAAUUUGAAAAUUUUAAAAUGUUUCUUCUUUUUGUUAAAUCAACACAAUUUUAUAUAGUUAUUUCUGAUCAUAAUAAAUAAAGAAGUGUGGGACCAAGGAAAAAAAAAAUAUUUUUUUUCACAAAAGAAAUAAUCACAUUAAAAACUGAUUGUUUUAUUAGGGAAUAUCUAAUUUUACAACAAAGCUUAUAUCAAGUCACUUUGUCCCACUUCUCAUUCUCAGAUCAAGUUGAAAUUUUGCACUAUUAUUCAUAAUCAAAGACGUUACAUGAAUUAAUCAAUUAACCAAUUAGUUAAUCAAUUAGUGGUACUGGUAAUUAAUUUUGUUUUAUAUAGUAAAUGGGAGUUAAACCUUGCAGUAUUGAGAGAUAUGGCAGUGAUUAUGUGGUGCUUUCACAUAUAAACUAUGGCACUAAAAAAAAUACACUUUUUUUUCAAAAGAAUUACAUAGUAUUAUUUUCGCUUUUUCUAGUGUACCGUACUUAGUUAUAUAUUUGCAAGAACUUCUGUUGCCUACUUGAUACUGUUAAAAUGAAAUCAAAUCUGCAGCCUUGAACAACUAUAGUUUACUAUAAUUGAAAAUGUUACUUGCUUUGUUGUGAUAUUUUCAAAAUUCUGAUAUAAAUCAAAAAUGUAUUCUUCUGUUUAAAAUGCUUCAAUUUUUUUUUGUUUUCCUCAUGUAUAAAUGAAAGAAUCGAUUGUUUAUAAACAUUGACAAGAAAAUAUAAUUGAACAAUGAGUGUCCCAGAUAAAAAAUGUUCUGUGUCAAUCUUUUUAUCAUGAUCUGUAUUUAUAAUGCAAUGAGAAAAUGUAAACAUCUGUGGGAUUUCAUUGUAGAAUAAAUAUUUUUCCUAUUGG